GUCGAUUAAUUCCCAAGACAACCAGAGCUCGCGCACCGCGCUUUCGUCAAAUCAGUCAAUUGCAAAUAACGACAAGGUCGCAACAAAAAAACUACACGCUCUUUAAGAAAAGAGCACAUUUUAACCAGAUGCGGGGUAAUAAAUGGCCGAGGGAGAGUUACCCGCUGAGAAGUGAGCAUUUGCAUUUUAAAGUAUAAGAGUGUGUGUGAGUGUGUGUGUGUUGGUUGAGAGAGGGGAAGGGGAGGGCUGUUUACAAUAAUGACAAGAGAGUUUAUGCAUUCGGGAAGAAGGGGUUUGGUGUUUUUUUUUUCUUUCUUUCUUUCUUUCAAGACUAGUCUUUUUUAAAUGUUAAUUUUAUACACGCGUGAAAGUCGUGUGCUCCCUCGGUAUAAAUGCGCGAGGAUUGGGCAACUUUUCUAAAGGGCGAGGACCAGCACGCUUCCCUGUCACUCCUUUACUGCCACCUUGUUCAGCUCCCGUGGUUUGGAUCCCCGCCAGUGCGCGUGAACAUGCAACAAGAACACGGCAAACCUCCGCGGAUUUCUUCUUUUUCCAUCGCCGACAUCCUAGAUCCUUCAAAAUUCACAGGGAGGCAUCGGGAUGCGCGAAGCGACAAACCUUCUGACUACAGACACAAACGAAACUGCGAUGAAUUAUCCGGUGACGAAAAUACUGAGGGCUCAGAUGAGGUUUCGGCAGCUUCAGAAGCAAAGGAGAGCCCUCAUAUCAGCAGUAAAGCUAAAAUCAAGGGCCGACGCAUGCGCACGGCUUUCACACUGGACCAGCUACACGUGCUUGAGCGCAGCUUCCAGAAUAGCCACUAUCUGUCGGUGUUUGAACGCCACGUCAUCGCCAAGGCCUUGGAGCUGUCCGAGACGCAGGUUAAGAUCUGGUUUCAGAACAGGCGAACCAAGUGGAAGAAAGAGCAAGAGGGACGAGAGCUGGAGGAGCUCUACCAUUGUGCCACGAUAGCACCAGUAGUUGUACCUACCACGCUGCCUCUCAGUACUGCCUCCUGCAACAGGUCUAGUCCAGUGCAUUUCUACCCAGCACGUAACCUCCUGACCACUUAUCCUGCACUUACAUUGUUCUGAGGCCAGAUUUGACUCACAAACGACUCUGUUCCUUUUCACAGACAUUUUGGUUUUGAAAGACUGAAGUGAAAUGAUUCAAAUCGAACAUUUUGGCAAUUGAUUUGCUUCUUUAAAAUUGAUUGUGAUUUUGUAUUUUAUUAUUUGCCAUGUUUGAGGGUAACAGGCAAAAACACUGGUCUACAUGGUGUGUAUUAUUAGCAAACAAGUGAAACGAGUCUUAGCUCGGCAAGCUACUGUAAUAUAAAAAAUGGGAUUUUUUUUAUCCACUUAGCCAGGAAAAUAGGUAGUUAGCAAAGGGAGAAUACUGUAGUAGUCGAAGUAGACAUAAUUUGGUUAAUGUAGGAGUCAUUGGACCAGUACAAUUAUUAACAAAAUUAUUUUAGGCCUCACUAAACUGGAACAGCCCCAUAGCUCACUAAACAUAAGAUAACAUGGAACUAUUAUUCAUUAAAAAAUUGUGUGUGAUGUCUGGUUUGAUUAUAAUAAUAAUAAUAAUAAUAAUAAUAAUAAUAAUAAUAAAGGUUUCUUAUUCUGUGAAUUUAAACAAAGUGUUACGGCAACAAUUCAACUCCAAAUAUGGUUGUUAGAUAGUUCUCGACCUAACCAAAACUUCCAAAACAACUUUUGAUGUCCACUUUUGAUUUACCUGAAGUUUGGAGAAUGCUCUGUGUGUUAAAUUGAACAUUUGCCUAGUUCACUUUUCUUAGAAACAAAUCGGCAAAUAAGUCGUAUCGCCAUGGGUAGUUUACUGAACGGGGGAAAACAAAUUGACUAGCCAGAGCAAGGAAGUUGGCUUUAGGUCAUUUCUAUACAGAGAUUUCCUAUCAUUCUAUACUUAUUUAAGUCAUGUAAUAUUUAUGAGUUUAAUUUGCAUAUUUAUCACAUUUCUGAUUGUUUUAAUAUGUUGCAAGCAGGUUUACUGUUUUUUGUAACUUUUUCUUAAAAAAAAAAAAAGAAAAUGUAUAUUUUUGCAGUCAAAUAUUUAUUUCUCAUUUAACAGCUAAACUACUUUUUUUAAUGAGAUGAUUAACAUCGCUGCUUUGUGUUUCUUGGUGUAUAUAACCAGUGAAUAAAAUGUAAUAAAAAAUCUAAACACUUUA